AUGGACUGCAGAGUGCUGUCCAUUCAAAGCCAUGUUGUGAGGGGCUAUGUAGGAAACAAGUCGGCGACGUUUCCUUUACAGGUACUGGGAUUUGAAGUGGACUCCAUAAACUCAGUGCAGUUCUCCAAUCAUACAGGUUAUGAGCACUGGAAAGGCCAGGUGCUGACUGCAGAUGAGCUACAUGUCCUUUAUGAGGGGAUCAAACUCAACAAACUCAACCAUUAUGACUACGUGCUUACAGGGUACUCUAGAGAUGUGUCUUUUCUGGAGAUGGUAGUGGACAUGGUGGAGGAGCUGAAGGGAGCCAAUCCUAGUCUUGUGUAUGUGUGUGAUCCAGUAAUGGGUGAUAACGGGGCAAUGUAUGUUCCAGAAGCCUUGCUGCCUGUGUAUAAAGAAAAAGUGGUUCCAGUUGCUGACAUCAUUACACCCAACCAGUUUGAGGCAGAAUUGCUGACAGGCAGAAAGAUCGGUACGGAAAAAGAUGCAGUUGAGGUGAUGGACCUGCUGCAUGGGAUGGGUCCUGACACUGUGGUCAUCACCAGCUCUGACCUACUCUCUCCUCUGGGGGAUCAGUACCUGGUGGCUCUGGGGAGCCAGAUCACUGUGAAGGCAGAUGGCACUAAGGGAAAGCAGCGGAUCAGAAUGGACAUCCCCAGGGUGGAUGCUGUGUUUGUGGGCACAGGUGACCUGUUUGCUGCUAUGCUGCUGGCCUGGACACACCACCACCCAAACAACCUCAAGGCUGCCUGUGAGAAGACUGUUUCUGUGAUGCAGCAUGUCAUUAAAAGGACUAUCAACUAUGCCAAAGAGGUAGCUGGGCCUGACCGAAGGCCGAGUCCAGCGCAGCUGGAGCUGCGGAUGGUUCAGAGUAAAGGAGACAUUGAAGAUCCCACCAUAACUGUGGAGGCCGUCCUACUGUAGGACUUCACCCCGUCCUCCUCCAACCUGCCUGGACACUGCCAGUGUGGCUUCAGAAGACUAAACGAGUGGUCAGGUGGUUCCACAUAGUACCAUGUUAAAUAUGUAGUGCACUAUUUCUAACUGUAAAACACGUUAAUGUGUAGAACAGGUCUGGCUGAACCGUAAAUGACUGUGACUCUGAGCACGCAGCCUUCAGAAUGCUGGUGCCUUUGGGCCGUCCAAAUACUAACACCACGAGUUCCUUAAAUCAGUGUUAGUGUUUGUGUUAUGCUCACAUUCCAGAUGUACUGUGUAUAAAACCAUCCGGCCUCAUUGUUUUUAAUAUUUUAGGAAAAGAACGUUAGUGUCUCUGUUUCAAGGCCCGAUCCAGAAUCGCUGAACUGAUUAGUUUUGGUGACUACAGAUGCUUUGGAAUAAUAACAUGCCCAUUAAAAUAUAUUCACAAUAUUCUCAGAUAAUGAUGACUGCGGUGGCUUUGUGCCAAUUCUGAUUGGUGUUUUAAAAUAAAUAUGAUUUACUAAUGCACAUCCUGUGACGCACACUACUUCUGAACUACUGUUCAAAAGAUUGGAUUCAAUUGUCAUAUUACCAAAUAUUUUACAUACAAAACCAACUUAUACGUGUUGAUUUACAUAUUACAAAAUACGAAAGCUGUUUUAGAUGUUUUAUUCAAUAUUUCAAGACUUCUGUGAACAAGAAGCAAAUAAAAUGACAACAUACGUAAAUUAUUUGUUAUUCUUUUGUCACUUUAAAUUAAUUCUCCAUGAGAUCCAGCUUCCUCAGUCAUUUUAGAAUCUGCAGCUCUGUUUAUCAUUCUGGACACAUUAAACAUAUCUUAAUUUUUAUUUACAGCUUCAUACUGUCCUGCAAAUCACAUUGAAACCUGUGAAGUAGUAUAGGAAUAGCAUACUAGCGUCAUUGUUUAUCAAAACUAAAUUAGUUUUAUAUUGUUGAAAACAUUGAUUCCAGGCAUUUGAACUGUAGUGUUUUUUGUUGUCAUUUUUUUUUUAAGCAUUCUGUACCAGUUUUGUAUCCUCCGUUCAGUCCAAUCAGUGUCUUAACAUUUCUCCCAUAGUACUGUUUUAUCCAGAUCCAGUGCCCUCACUCUGCCAUACUCAUAAGACAUAUCCAUUUCUGAAUGUUGCUCUUAGACUUCACUUGAUUGUAAUGAUUUCUCUUUUGUAAAAAGGUCCAAAAGCCUCUGAAGUUGUGUAACAGCCAUUGUUAUUACCACACAGGCUGAAGUAAGACCGUUGGCUCUCACCACAACCUGUAAGUUUGAGUAGUUUAAUCACAGAGUUACAGAGCCUGGAGACUUACAGAACCAUUCUUACUCUAACAUGAACAGCAUAAACAGCGUUCUGUGAUCUGUCAGUCCAGUAAUGGUAUGUAAUCUGUGUUAACAUUCAGUGAUUUGUCCUUUUGUUUUCAUGGUCUUGUGAUUCAUCUUCUCAAAACCCUUUGCAUUCCCAGACUGACAGAAUGACUAUUUGUAGGUUUGUUAAUCUGAAGAAUGUUUGUCUGCCAAGUGCCAAUCCUGAAAAUGCUGCUCUGUAUUAAAAUAAUCAAAUAAGGGCAUUUAACCAUGUAUGAUUAUCAACUAGAUCUUUAUCUACAAUUUAGUAGUAAUAAUUACAAGAAUAAACCUGUUUAAAUCGUA